CCGUGCCGCGUUUCACAAAACGCCUUGAAACGAGCAAGAGUGAUCUCCAAGUGAAAGGCCAACUACCGCAGUUUUGGCCUCCUCAAUCCUUUUGGCUGUUACAAAUGUAGUCCUACGGGGUGCAUCCGUAGUUUCUUACUCUCGGUUAAUAAUUUUAGUUUCGUUUUCGUUGUUCCGCGUUCUUUCCUGGUCGCGUGUGUGCCAGUUUUGUGCGUUAGCUAAUAAUUCCAUUCACUUUCUUUGCCCGAAGGCUCAGAAAUUACAGUGUGCGUGAAGUGAGCGAUUUCUUUUGCCAUUUUUCGUUUGUCUGUCUGUGGCCUCGGUUCGUCGACCUUCCUCGCUGUUCGGCGUGGAUCGCGCAAAUUCGCAGUGUGCCCCAUCGGUUGCUAAGUGACGCGAAGAAGCAAAAUUGCAUCAACCCCAAACGCUACUUACUUGCGGGUGACGACAACUCAGCGAAUCAACGCGUCACCACGCGGUGGUCUUCAGUGGGCAAUCUUAACGAUCGCCAUCGACUCCUCUACGCUGGGCUCCACAGUGUGUGACAGCAGUGAGAUUGGCUCAUUCCAAUGGGUUGACACGUCUACGUUCCCUCGUCAGUACGCGGCGCCAAAAGCAGUACCGGGAGAAGAAGUCGCCGCCACCCGUUCACCAGAGCGCAGGAAGCUGUCCGGAGCGGUGUGGAACCGCCCUUCACCAGAGUCGACCCAGUGGUGCCGGUAGCAGGUCGAUUAGUCCAUUCCUGGGCGGGGUCUCCAUUACCAUUCGGAGACGAUCGUCGAGAGGAUCGUUCCGUGCCUGUGAGACGAGCGGGAAGAGGAAAACCGAUUAAACGUUGGGUCUAGUUCUUAUCAUCAACACCUCAUCCGAUCACCGUCGAUCGAAUUGACCGAUUUCCAAUGAGAGUAGUCCAGCGCCCGAGCCAUCUUCGAGCGGCGUCCCUUCCGUGCCCAUCCGCGCCUCGUGUUGCGGUCCACUACGCCGCCGUAACCAUUCUGCUGCACCUGUUCGCCGUCCUGCCGCUGCUGAUUGCCGAUCUCAACUAUCGCUGGGAGCCGUAGACGAGCGCUGAACAUUCCGAACGCCUGUGUGCCUUUGAAUUUUCUCUCUCUCCAAGCUUUUCUUGUGCGGAAACGGCGAUCAUCAUGCUGAAGGUUGUAGGAGCAUCGUGGCAUAAAACCCGUAUAGGGACCUACAUCCUGGUCGGUGCGCUCCUGCUAGCCAUCGGGGCACUGUUCCUUGCCGAUAUGGAGCGGCCCAACUACAGUGGAACGUACUGUGCUACGGCGUACUGGGCACGGAACUCUGGCUACCGGCUAGAGUUCUGGGGCCAACGAAACGAUUUGGACCUAGUGCCACGCGGUGUCGUACGGUCCUGUUUCCGCGAUAGUGUGCUAACGAACGGAUGGUCGCAGCUUGAACUUGAAUCUCAAUCUUCGUACACCGACACCGUGCAGGCGUACGCGGCCGGUAUGAUGGAGGGUGCCCUGACCUGGCAUAACAUUUAUUUGCACUGGUUAAACACUAUCGAUGCCGUUUGCUCGAAGGAUGAAGAAUCGCAAGAGUUCUGCGAGUGGUUGCGGGGACUGAUUACGACCAACGUCGACACGGUCAAAAAGAUGGCGGACAUGAAGGGAAAGCACGAUCACUACUGGUACCAGGUGGCCCUGUUCUACGAUCAACUCGACGGCCUCGAGAUCGGCUUCCGGAAUGGUGUGAAGCGAUCGCGGUUGGACUACGAUAUUCCGACGCAAGAUUUCCUGCUCAUGAACGCUGCCGUUGACAUACGCGACCUCAAAAUCUACUACACAAGCUUUCUCAUGGCGGACACCGGGUUCGAGCCGGAGCCGGCUAAGGGUAUGAUGUUGUUGAAGCUGCUGCACCCACAAUCGGGAGGUGCGCCCCGUGUCCUGCUGGGACACACGAGCGACGGUAGCUACUCGUCAAUGUUGCGAAUGGUGAAGAAGUACACGCUGCGGUAUCACUUCUCAUCCUUCGCGACAGCGCUGAACGACGACGAGCGGCAAAUCGUUCCGGGAACGAACAUUGUGUUCAGCGGGUAUCCGGGUGUGCUGGCAUCGCUGGAUGAUUUCUACGUUAUCAACGGUCGCGGCCAGCAUCGAAUGGUAGCGGCCGGUGUCAAAAUGGAUAACGAUCAUUUGGCCCUAUGGCGAAAGAUCGAUCUGAUGCGAUCGGUUUCACUAGCGCCGCGCGUAAUGGCCGCCAACCGGCUAGGACACAGUGGCCGCACCUGGGCUCGAUACUUUGCCCGCAACCCAUCGACCGGUGUGAAACAAUGGUUGGUGAUCGAUAUGGCACGCUUCAACGGUGGCAACGGGACAGCAAGCGAUCCUGAGACCGGAUCCGGCAUGGUGACCGUGGAUCGCUCGGACGAGAACAACGAGAUUCCGAGCACCAUGGAUGACGAACCACAGCAGGAGCACAUCGUGACAAGGCUUAUGGAAGAUUACGUAGACGACGAUUUUGAGGAGCUCCGCCAGGCACGGGAAGCACCAAAGGUGACCGUUUCGGCCCAACAACCGGUACAGGAGGCUCCUGAGCCCGCAUUUGGCUCGGGAAUGUUCUGGGUGGUCGACCAGCUGCCCGGACGGCUGCACGCCGAAGACGUCACGGAGAAGCUGGUGGCCGAUGGCUACUGGCUGACGAAUGGCGUACCUUACUUUGCGGAGCUGCUGGAAAUGGGCCACGUGAAGGUAAAUGUCAGCGCCAGUCUGCUCGCGUCUAUUCCGGGAGGCUCGAUGGAGAAGAUUCUGAACAACAUCACCGACCUGGAGGCGCUCGCCAAGUUCAUCCGGCAGUCCGCGUACCGAGGUGAUCUGGAUCACGAGCGACCGGCAGCGUUUGGAAACAUCGACAUGAAACUGUACUCGGAGGCCGGUGACGGGACGAACCAGUUCCGGGCCUACUCUGGACCAUUGUUUGAUCGCGCGGCCAGCUGGAGUACGGGCAGCACGACGGGACAAGCCGCCAAACGAAGUGCAAUCAAUCGGCAACAGACUGGUGCCGAUGGUGGUGGAGAGAGCGCAACGACGCCGGCGUCGCAUCCGUUCGAUUGGAGCAGCAUUCUACCGUUCGAGGUACGCCACCAGGGACAUCCGGACGUUUGGGAUUUCGAGCAUCUGACACCGGAAUGGGCGUGGAUCUGAAUUGCGAAGGGUGCUAUUAGUCAAUUACUGUGCCAAUCUGUGAUGUUCUAUCGCUUCCAUCUGUUAGUGUGCUUCCAAAACGUGUAGUUUAUCAAAUCUCCUCUCCAUAGAAAAUUGUAUCUCUCUGUGCCUUAAAUCUGUAAAUUAAAACCGUGCCUUAAAUCCUGCCAAAGAGAGCGAUUCGUUUUGUAGCGUCGCCGUUCAGGGUCCACAAGCCGGGCUCCAAAGCGGCGUAACUUAAACAGUCGUCCAUCUGCCUUUUUGGGAUUUUUCAGCCAAUUAUAUCAGAAUUUUAACCAUUGAAGCAAUACUGAAAGACAAUACGCGUAGAUAAGUAACGUUAUCGCGAUGCGCUAGGAAACAAUUUUUAAACCAAUUUUUACCAUUGUAGCUGGAAGAAAAGAUUGAGCACGA